UUGACAGCCAAGACCGGAUGGUCACAUUCUGGUUCCAAAUGUCUUUUCUGAUGACAUUUUGUACUUUAGUCGUCAGAGUAUUAUGUGUGCCCUUGAACUUGCUGGAAGCCGUGGGCUUGUACAAACUCUACAAACAUGUCGCUCCGUUUUGCCUGUAUCGUGUCUCCAAGCUGUACAACAAGAAGAUGCACGAAAGGAAGAAGGAGCUGUUUGCGUGCCUGUCUGAGUUCAAGCAACCCGGACAGCAGCUCACCAUCUUGGAGGUCGGCUGCGGCACCGGCUCCAAUUUCAGAUUUUACCCGGCUGGUUGCAAGGUGAUCUGCACGGACAACAACGUGCACUAUGUAAAGUACCUGCAAAGGAACAUGCUCGAGAACCCCCACAUGACGUACGAGAAGUUUGUGGAGGUCUCAGCGGAGGACAUGCGCUCAUUUGAGGAUGGGUGCGUGGAUGUCGUGGUCUGCACGUUGGUGCUCUGCUCGGUGGACAAUGUCUCGCAAAGUCUGAGGGAGGUGCGUCGCGUUCUGAGGCCUCGUGGAGCCUUCUUUUUUCUCGAGCAUGUUGUCGCAGAGCCGUCGACGUGGACGUAUUUCUUCCAGCACGUCCUGAAGCCUGUGUGCUACUACAUUGGUGAUGGAUGUCAGGUCACCCGGGCAACAUGGAAACAUCUGGAAUCUGCCGGCUUCUCUGACCUCAAACUAAGACAUAUGAAAGCGCCACUCAUCUUCUUCAACAAACCACACAUCAUGGGUUAUGGAGUAAAAUAGAUUAAUGGCCCACUCACCUGACACUUGAGGCCACCUCUGGGUCCAUAGUGCUAAUCGCCAAGGCACUUCUGAUGCUCAUUUCAUUUUUCUAGUUAAGGGAUUCACAGCACAUUUCAUUUUUAAUAAGAACCCUGCUCAAUAAUUUGCGUCUAAGACAGGUCUUGAUAAAGUAUCAUGUGUUGGAGCCUAUCCCAGCUCACUUGCAGUACACCCAUAGGUUAACAAGUAUUUAAAAUCUCACAAUGAACUAUUUAAAGUCUUGAUGAACCCUACGCGAAUGUUUUGGAAAUGUUGGAGAAAAUAUUUCGUUUUGAAAUGCAACAGCAGAAGACGAUUUAAAAAAAAAAAAUCUGGUGUUAUCGACACUAUCUAACUCGAUUUCAGAAAGAUCCUGGUUGCAAUGCUCAGAGUUUGCAUUUUCC